GUCGCUGUAAUGUCCUCCAUUUUGUGCCGACCUUCGUUACGAACAGUUCCAGAACGUUCCCAUCCAUUCGCUUGUUUACAAUUAACGUCGGUGUAACGUGUUUUCUAGUCGUUGGCUAUGUAGUGUCCCGAGUUCUCAGUGAAGCGACUAAAUCAGUGUUGUUUUUUUACGGAGCAGAAAUGAAAGCGAGGUGGGCUGACGCCAAAGUGCUGAUGUUGAUAGAGGAGUACAGAUCGCGGCCAUGUUUGUGGAGUCCUUCCCAUCCGGAGUACAAGCACUUGACUGUGAAGAACGAAGCGUGGAAAAGCCUUGCUGAAGUUUUCGACAUCGACGUCGAGGACGUUAAGAUGAAGAUCAUGUCUUUACUGGCUUCUCUGAGGAGAGAGCGAGCAAAAGAGAAAAACAGGACGAGAGCUGGAGAAGUCUACAGACCUCGGUGGUUCGCUUACAAGUCACUGGCCUUCCUCAGGGACAGAUUCAACUCCAAGGACACAAGCAGUGCUAAGGAAAUAACGGAGAACCCUGAAGAAGAAUUCAUGGUAGAGAACUUGGACUCAGAGUCUCCUGGAUGUGCCAAUGUCGACGCCAACUCUCCCACUCCUCCACAAGACACGGUCGUCUGCAGAGAACCCUCUGGACCUCCCUCCGCUACUGCCAGGCGGCCGAGUGCUGCUGAACCCCAACAUCCUUCCAAGACGAGGAAGUUGGACGUCGAACUCAAUGGAGCUGACGAUACCACUGAGGGCACAGGCACGGCGCCGAGACCGAAGACCACGACGGAUAUUUUUGCAGAGUACGUCGCGGCGAAGUUACGCGGAUACCCGGAGUACACGAGGAAUGUUGUUCAACACAAAAUAAACAACAUAUUGUUCGAGGCUGACAUGGGAACGUACGCCAAACCGGACAGCUCCUGAACCAACUGCUGUAUUGUCUCAUUGAUGUUACAUUUUUCCUAUAGGCCACAAACUCGUAUUUUCAUUUUUGCCAGAUUCACUCUUUAUAAAUUUAAUUUAAGUAAAUUUGCAGAUAGUAUAAUUUGCUCAAUAUUGUGAGUUAUAAAAAACGUUUGUAGUUAUUCAUCUAAGGUUAAAGGACAAUGCUGUGUAUUUAAGAACCAUGUCAAACGAUUUGUAAUACUUCAAUAUUUAAAGUGUAUUAAAAUACUAAUGUAAAUACAAGUCAAACUUAAGUGAUUAAAUUAAAAAUUAUACCCUUAAUAAGCAGUUCAAGGGAUUUGAUUUUAGCUAUAGAUUUUGUAUUUCUAACUAUGUUAAGUUUUGCUUUACCAAGCGUAAUUGUAUCGACUUCAACCGUUUUACUAGCUAUAUGACAUCUUUUAAAUUUUAUGCUGUUCAUUUUGUUAGCUAAACAUUGUUUAGGUUGACUUGAAACAUUUGUUAUACAAUAAAAAAUACUGUGAAAUA